AUGGCCUCGCUCUCCCUUUCAUGUGCUGUGGCAGGUGUCACAUGUUUGGAACACUGUUGUUGUGGGACAUUGCAUCAGGACACUAACAGCCUGCUCAUACAUCACACAGCACUAAGUUACUGUGUUGUUGAUACAAACCGUACCAUAUCUGUUCUUUGCUUGUUAUCAUUUGCAAUGACAGUGCUCACAAUUGGGUUGCUUCCCACAGAACACCACUGGCACUGGAGGACUGGGAAGAUGAACAGAAAAUGGGCAUCCGGGCCAACGAAAUGGGAAUUCGAGUUCGAUAGCGGACAGGAAUCGCACUCAGACGAAGACCGCACCAGUAGGGGUUCGGAGGGAGAAUUCCGAGGCUGGGAGGAGGCUGGUCCGGGGGGCAUGACAUGGAACCCAGCGAUGUUCCAGCAUCUGAGAGUUCUUGGUCUUCCAAAGAGCGCCCAGCUGGAUGGCAAGAAGCUUAGAGAUGCGUUUUAUCGAUGCGCCUUGGCUUGGCACCCAGACAGGCACCAAGGCUCCGAGAAGAAUUCGGCGGAGGCGAAAUUCAAAGCCGCCCAGGCCGCCUACCAUGCGCUGAGGGCCCACGUGUCAAGUCGCUGA